UGCCUGCUUAAAGCCCUCUCCAGUCCCUACCCUGGGCCAGUCCCUGCUGAGGCUGAGCAGACAUCUCAGGACCUGUGUACCGCCCCGAUCCGAGAACGGAGACCAUGUCUGACACGGAGGAGGUAGUGGAGGAGUACGAAGAGGGGCAGGAAGAAGCCGUGGAAGAAGAGGAAUACUGGCAAGAGGACGAAGACGAGCAAGAGGAGGCGGUGGAAGAGGAGGCUGACGGGGCUGAGGCUGAGGCUGAGGAGACCAAAGCAGAAGAGGAUGGUCCAGGGGAAGAAGCCAAAGAGGCAGAAGAUGGCCCAGUGGAGGAGUCCAAACCCAAGCCCAGCAGGCUAUUCAUGCCCACCUUGGUGCCACCCAAGAUCCCUGAUGGAGAGAGGGUGGACUUUGAUGACAUCCACAGGAAGCGCAUGGAGAAGGACCUGAAUGAGCUGCAGACACUCAUCGAGGCUCACUUUGAGAACAGGAAGAAGGAGGAGGAGGAGCUCAUUUCUCUCAAAGACAGGAUCGAAAAGCGGCGGGCAGAGCGGGCCGAGCAGCAGCGCAUUCGCAGUGAGCGGGAGAAGGAACGGCAGAACCGCCUGGCGGAAGAGAAGGCCCGGCGCGAGGAGGAGGAGAACAGGAAGAAGGCAGAGGACGAGGCCCGGAAGAAGAAAGCUUUGUCUAACAUGAUGCACUUUGGAGGUUACAUUCAGAAGACGGAGCGGAAGAGCGGGAAGAGGCAGACGGAGCGAGAAAAGAAGAAGAAGAUCCUUGCGGAGAGAAGGAAGGUGCUGGCCAUCGACCACCUGAACGAGGACCAGCUGAGAGAGAAGGCCAAGGAGCUGUGGCAGAGCAUCUACAAUCUGGAGGCUGAGAAGUUCGAUCUGCAGGAAAAGUUCAAGCAGCAGAAAUAUGAAAUCAAUGUUCUGCGGAACAGGAUCAAUGACAACCAGAAAGUCUCCAAGACCCGUGGGAAGGCCAAAGUUACCGGGCGCUGGAAGUAGAGGCUGAGCGGCCUUCACCAGAACUCUCUGCCUGCCCUGCCCUGUGGACCCUCAGCUCCGGGGCCUCCUGGUUACCCCUGUGUAGACGCUCCCCAUGCCCAUGCCACACCAGGAAUAAAAAGACAGCACAUUUCACACA